GUUGACAAGGGAGGGAUGUCCGAGCAGGUUCAUAGCUAAAAACAAAGCACACGCGCAGAAUGCAGAUAGACGUAUGUCUGUAUACGGAUAAGCAUCCUGUAUAAGCUCAUCAUAGCACUAAGAUCUCGUUAAACAGCGGGCUCGCUUUGCCUUCUGCUCUUUGUGCCUUCUUUUUGUGCAACUUAGAGUUGUUUUUUUGUGUCGUAGCCGGAAGAAUGCAUGGAGCGCGAGCUAGAAGUAAAUGCAGUCUGAUGGUAUGGAUCGUUGUUACGCUUAGUUGCGCAUUUAUAUUCUGUGAAUAUGUUGUUUACUUCCCUGUUAUUGUGCGAUGCUCAUGGCCAGAGAUAGCGGAGAAACGGGACCCUCUUCGCGUUCUGUUCUUAUCUGAUCCUCAUUUGCUCGGAGCCAUCAGGGGACACUGGUUCGACAAACUGAGGAGGGAAUGGCAGAUGGAGAGAUCUUUUCAGACAGCACUGUCAUUGCUCAGGCCAGAGAUCAUCUUUAUUCUGGGAGAUGUUUUCGAUGAAGGCAAGUGGAGCUCCACUAAGGACUGGGAAGAUGAUGUAAGGCGCUUCAAACAGAUCUUCAAUCAUCCCAGCAACACAGAACUUGUGGUCCUUAUUGGUAACCAUGACAUUGGAUUUCAUCACGAAAUGACCUCCUAUAAACUUGAACGUUUUGAGAAAGUUUUCAACAUAACAUCAGCACAGAUCCUCACCAAGAGAGGAGUAAUUUUCUUACUGGUGAACAGUGUGGCACUACAUGGAGAUCACUGUCCCAUUUGUCAGGGUGUGGAGGACAAACUUUACAGUUUAGCACAGCAACUUAACUGCUCCACACAGUCUGAUGCUACGAGUCAUCAUUGCAAGGACGUACAAACAUAUCCUUCAACGCCUCCCAUUAUACUUCAGCACUACCCUCUCUAUCGUACCAGUGAUGCUGAGUGUACAGGUGAAGAUGCAGCACCACACAAUGAACGCUAUCAGCUCUUUCAAGAACGCUAUGAUGUGCUCUCUCAGGAUGCCUCAAAGAAGCUACUGUGGUGGUUCCAGCCUCGCCUGAUUCUCAGUGGCCACACUCACAGCAGCUGUGAGGUUUUCCAUGAGAAUCGUUUCCCAGAGAUCAGCGUUCCAUCUUUUAGCUGGAGGAACCGCAACAACCCCAGUUUCAUCCUGGGCACCUUUUCCCCAUCUGAUUUUGCGCUGUCCAAGUGUUUCUUGCCAGAGGAGAGCAGUAUUAUAGCAGUAUACUGCAGCAGUGUGGUUGUGAUUGUGCUGAUCACACUUGGGCAUCUGCGUCUCUUCCAAGGAGCACUGCGUGAAGCAAACAGCAUUCUGGGCAAGGAAAAAUCUUUGUGAAACACACCCUAUACAUGAUCUGUAAAUCUUAGUGGUCUGUACAAUUAUAUGUACAUAGCUCACUUCACAAAUUUUUUAUUUACAAGCUCCAUGAUGUCCCUGUCAGUGCUAAGAGACAAUUUUAGAUACUGCUAAUACUAAUGUUACAUUUUAUAAUUGUAUUAAUUUUUAAUUUUAUUUAUUUAUUUAUUAUACUGUGAAGAAUGAUGUCCACCUGAAUUAAAACCUUAUUGUAUUGAUGUUUUUUUAAAGUCUUAUCUGGAACGAAGGCAAUAAAUUAAAGAAAGCA